AUCCGAUAUAUAAGGAGGAAGCACGAGAGUUUGACAAUCUCAGUUCCCAAUCUCACAUCGAUCGAGAGUAUUGUGCAGUGCCUAUCGUUACCAUUUUAUCCGCAAGUGUAUUCGACGAGAUCGUCGCUGAAGACCUUUGAAGAGCAACUGCGAAAAAUUUUGUAACAGUAAAUUCAAACAUGUUCCUCAAGAGCGUUUGUCUGAUCUCAGUUAUCUUUGCCGUUGCUUCUGCGGCUCCAAUGACAUCCGAGUCGGUACCAACGUGGCACUUACCAUGCGGCGAAAUCCUCAACUUACAACCUGUCUCAUUGAAGAACCUUGAGGAGGAAAUGAAGACCAGUCUGGAGAAUAUUAGACUGCAACAUCAGCUGACGAUGAACGACUAUUUGAAUCGAGACUACGAAUACUUGUACGAGAGAGUUAGGAUCGGCGUCAAUGAUCACCAAUACAUACCCAAUUGGGUGCCUAGCAAGAAGGAUGUGAAUUUAAUAAGAAAACUGGCCAACGCUAAUGCUGCAAUGAUUGUUAACCAUUUCCCGAAAUUGCACAUGGAUCUCCAGAAAUUCUCCGUGGCGUUCGAGGAAUUAAUCGAGGAUGAACCUAAUUCUCAAAUUCAGCAAGCUCUUAAGGCAACUCAAUCGUACUUAACGAUGAUGUUGUGCGAAGUCGAAAGCAACAUCAUCUCCCUGCCCUCCAUACGACUUCCAUCACGCGUGGAACGAAGCAUUAUGAGCCAUACCGAGCGAAAUCCUAUUGAUGAGACACGGAGACUCAUUAGAGAUUGGGGUGUAAUUCUCAAAUAUCGAGAUUACCUACACGCUUGGAGACGCGUAUUCGAUUAUUAA